CACAGGAAAAUCCGCGCAAUUGGAAAUGCUUCCAAUGCGACAACACAGGUAACACCACAACCGCCAGUUUGCUCUUAUGAUGGACUCUGAGGAUUGGAUCUUGAGGUCAAUACGGCCUCUUGAUAUUCCUGGUAAGCUCCUCCUGACGUUGACUGAUAUUUCCAAUCCAUAUUGAAAUAUACAUGUGCUGACCAUUACUAGUAGUCGUAGAGUUAUGGCACACCUAUCGAAUUCCCAUAAUACUCUCCACUGUCACGGUUCUACUUUCAAUUAGAGGCAUUCUACAUUUUCAAACGCCUCGACAACGUCUUUCCGGGACUCCUGUACGACCUUUCCCAAGCUUCCCCUCGAAAACGAAAGUUACCCCUCCACAGCCGACGGAAAAGCAAGCCGUAGUCGCCGUAGCAGAGAAAGGGCCCAAACGCAUUGUCGGAGGCCUCAAGAAGCGGAAGAGUUCACAAGAACAUAUCAAGUCUGGCGAGGAGAAGAUCCAAGUGCUGGUAUUCUUUUCGUCUUUAACGACUACAACAGAGAAGACCACCAAGGCCUUUACGGAAGGGCUUGCGCAAAAUAUUGAAAGCUUUCUUACUUCAGACAAGUUUCUAGAACCGGAGAUUUUGGAUUUGGCUGAAGUCGAUUAUGACGAAUACUUCAUCAACACGCCGAAAUCUGAGAACAAUGUCCAGUACUUCUACCUCAUUCUUGUCCCAACCUACAAUAUCGACACCAUAAACGAUACUUUCCUCGAGCAUCUACAAGAAACACACAAUGAUUUCAGAAUUGACACGGCUCCGUUAUCUUCACUACUCGGUUACUCAGUUUUUGGGUUUGGAGACCGUGAAGGAUGGGUGACCGAAGCAGAGGGUUUCUGUUCGCAGGCCACAGAUAUUGAUAAAUGGAUGGCAAAGCUUACAGGUAGAAAACGGGCAUUUCCUUUGGGUAUGGGCGAUCCAAAAAUUGAUGCGACUGAAAGAUUGAAGGAGUGGAAAGAGGGACUAGAAGAAGUUUUAUGUCACAUUGCAGAAACGGGAAGUUUGGGAGAAGGUGUUGUAGGGAGCGGCGAUGCGGUGGAAAGUGACGUUGAAGAUAUAGACGAAGAUGAUGGAGAAGUACUCCUCGAGCCACAAAAUCCUCCGUCGAAGAAGAAGAAAUCCAACAAGGAUGACCCAAACGAUAUGGAAGAUUUAGGAAAUGUCCUGGAGAAGGGAAACAAGGAUGCUCCGGCUCCAGAGGGUCCAGAGGAGAUGGAGAUAGACUUUACCAACUACAGCAAGAAGGCAAAGGCACCUGUCCCGGUACCAGCUAUAAAGGAAAUGGUCCCCAAGAACUCACCUACAUUCAAUUCCCUCACCAAGCAAGGAUACUCAAUCGUGGGUUCUCAUUCUGGCGUCAAAAUAUGCCGAUGGACAAAAUCGGCCCUUCGAGGGAGAGGAUCUUGUUACAAAUACUCAUUCUAUGGAAUUGCCUCCCACCAGUGUAUGGAAACAACGCCAUCACUAUCCUGCUCCAACAAAUGUGUGUUUUGUUGGCGCCACGGAACCAAUCCCGUAGGAACAACAUGGAGAUGGGUUGUCGACCCUCCCCAAAUGAUAUUCGACGGCGUAAAAGCCGGUCACUACAAGAAAAUCAAAAUGUUGAGAGGUGUCCCUGGUGUACGAGCAGAAAGAUUCGCCGAAGCAAUGAGAAUAAGACACUGCGCACUCUCUCUAGUCGGCGAACCCAUCUUCUAUCCUCACAUCAACGAAUUUCUCUCGAUGCUCCACGCUGAAAGAAUUUCUUCCUUCCUAGUCUGCAACGCGCAGCAUCCAGACCAACUCGCAACACUUAAUCCCGUAACCCAACUCUACGUCUCUAUUGAUGCCUCAACCAGAGAAUCACUACGCAAAAUCGAUCGACCCCUCCAUCGAGACUUCUGGGAACGUUUCAACGCCUGCCUCGACAUCCUCAAAAAGCGUCGUUUUGAGCAACGAACCGUCUACCGUCUCACCCUUGUAAAAGGCUUCAACGUCGACGACGAAGUAGAAGGCUACGCCCGCCUCGUCGAACAAGGCCUCCCAUGUUUCGUCGAAAUCAAAGGCGUCACUUACUGCGGAACCUCCUCCUCCGCCAGCGCCGGCCUCACCAUGCAAAACGUCCCCUUCUACAGCGAGAUCCAGGAAUUCGUGCUUGCACUCACAGCCGCACUCGAUGCCAAAGGUCUUGACUACGGUAUCGCGGCCGAACACGCGCAUAGUUGCUGUGUCCUGAUUGCGAGCGGGCGAUUCAGAAAUGAGCGGGGGAGAUGGUGUACGAGGAUUGAUUACCAGAAGUUCUUCGAGCUUCUCGAGUCGGGCGAGAAGUUUCGACCCGAAGAUUAUAUGGGCGAAGAAACGCCCGAGUGGGCUACGUGGGGACAGGGUGGCUUUGAUCCCAGGGACGAGAGGGUGUAUAGGAAGGGAAAGAAUAAGGUGCCGUUAUCUGCGGCGGCUGAGCAGGUGAUGGGUGAAGAUAUCAAGGUGGUGGAGGCGUAUUAGAAGAUCAGCAUAAGCGAGCACAUUUGCAUGCAUAGGAGUACAAAAUCAUAGGUUGAGUGAGCUUGGACAAUA